AUGGGCAAUACAAAUUCUCAUUCUAAACAACGCUUCUCAUUUAGGAGGAGUGAGAGGCACAUUUCAUCCUCCUCUAAGAAUUCAUCAUCAAUACCAACAAUAACAGCAACAACGAGAAAUCAAUCACCUCUGACCACUGUAUCCAGUUUUAAUGUUCAUCAUCAAGUUUCGAAUAAUGCCAUCUCUACACCUAAUAAUCAAGAGCAACAACCUCCAAGUGAUGUAGUGUUUGCUGCAUCGCAUGCUCUUGUUGGAAUUGGAGCUGCCUCUUCAUCACAUUGUUCAAAUAACAAUCAACAACAAACACCAUCUUCUCCCGUACUCCUCUCCUCAUCCAUGAAUACAUCUUUCAACGUUUUUCCAUUGCACCAUGUUGAUAGUGACAUGACCUCACUGACCAGCACAACGACGAGUGUUAGAAACUCUAGGACUGCGCUCAGUACUAGUAUUCAUAUUUCAGAUAUUCCAACCAACAUUAACACAGUCAUGCAAAUUUCAAACCCAACACAAUCUAGAGCCUCCACUACCAACAACAACACUACCAUUCAUACCACCACUAUAAAUAAUACUACCACAAUCUCAACUACUAACGAAUCAUCCAAUCUCAAGUCCAGACAAUCCCUUCCUCCUUCCACUCAACAACAAAUUGCUAGGUUACAAGAAAAUUCAGGCUACAGACGAUCACUUUCAACGCCCAAGCUUUCUCUCUUAAAGAAGAAGAAUGUGCUCAAGGCCUUCUUUAUGCUUCACAGAAGAAAUACUAUCGAUGAGGCAGAAAUGAAAGGGGAAGAGGAAUUUGGAAGAAGAGUUACCGAUAGUGAGGAGUUUAUUUCAAUGCAAAAUGUGAAUACACCAAUUGUGGAUCUUUCUCCUUCAUCAUCAACACAACUUCCACAACACAGACCUAGAGUUCAUUCAAUUACGAGUGCAGCAACUUCAGACUCUUCAUCUUCAGCAACAAGAGCAGGAGCUGAUACAGAUACUGAUACAACUAUUGCUGCUGAAUUGGAUGAAAAGAAAAAGAUUGCCAACAUUCUCAACAAAUCAUUUUCAAAGACUAGAACAGUCAUUAAGACUCAAUCUCAUAGUCAUGUGGAAAUUCCCUCUUCAGAUCAUGGUAAAACACCAUCUGAUAGAAAGAAUUUGGAACGUUCAGCCUCUGCUCCUUCAAUAAUGACAAACGAGUUGGAGCUACUUUUACGAGAUGCUAUGGGAUUUCAAUUAUUCAAAGACUUUUGUGUUGCAGAGUUUUCAGUCGAGAAUUUGAAUUGUUGGCAAGAGCUUUUGGAUAUGGAAAAGAAUUUUAUUGACAUGUCAGGAAAAAGAAGAAGCAAGGUGAUUAACAUGGUCUAUGAUAAAUUCCUUGAUGAUGGUUGCUCAGAAGAAAUUAACAUUAGAGGAAAAACAAAGAAAUUGGUAGAUACUGAAAGAAAGAGUGGUACCAUUAAUCUUGAUACCAGCAAGCAUUUAUUACAUGAAAUUAAGAGAGAUUUAUAUACGAACCUAGUUGAUUCGUUCUCCAGAUUCAUUUACACUGACGAGUACAAGCUUUGGCACGAGUUGAAAACUAACCCUUCUAAUGUGUUUGAGUGA